CACCAGCCACCAGCAUGAGACUCCACCGCCUCCUCCUUGUAUUCCUCCUCAUGGUCCUGUUACCUGUGCCAGGUCUACUAAAAAACAUAGGAAAUUCUGUUAGCUGCUUAAGGAAUAAAGGCGUGUGUAUGCCGGGCAAGUGUGCUCCAAAGAUGAAACAGAUCGGCACCUGUGGCAUGCCCCAAGUCAAAUGCUGCAAAAGGAAGUAAAAAGAAAGUGAAGAAACAACCCCACAGAUAUGGCUCAGAAGCUGCUCCCUUGGAAAAGCAUAUAAAAUUUAAACUAGAUUAAAUCUUUGUUCAAGGC